AUGUCGGGCGCUCAGGAGAUCGGAAGGAGCAAGAACGCUGACGGCGUCGCUCCCACACCUCAGAACACCCCUCUCAGCAAUGCCCCUCUCACCCGCGAGGCUCUUUCGCGACCUACAGUCGGCACCAUUGGCGAGGAGGACGAGAACGCCGUCGACGUUGCCGCUGCUCUCCAGGGCAACCCCGCUCUCGCCGCCAUGGUCCAGGACAAGCUGUCCAACCUCGUCGGCCGCUCAUCCGGCUACGUCGAGUCGCUUCCCGACCACAUCCGCCGCCGCGUAGAGGGUCUCAAGGGUGUUCAGGUCGAGCACCACAAGAUCGAGGCCGACUUCCAAAAGGAGAUUCUCGAGCUCGAGAAAAAGUACGCUCAGCGAUACAAGCCUCUCUACGAGCGACGAGCCGCCAUCAUCCAGGGCAAGCAGGAGCCCACUGCCGACGAGGUCAAGGCGGGUGAGGCCGUCGAUGCCGACGAGGAUAACGAGGACGAGCAGCCCGAGUCGCUCGCCGAUGUCAAGGCUCCCGCCGACGGCGCCAACGGUAUCCCCGAGUUCUGGCUCACCGCGCUCAAAAACCACAUUGCCCUCUCCGAGCUCAUCACCGAGCGCGACGAGGAGGCUCUGCGUGCGCUUGUCGAUGUGCGCAUGAGCUACCUGGUCGACCAGGCCGGCUUCAAGCUCGAGUUUGAGUUCGACACCGCCAAGAACGACUACUUCACCAACCAGAUUCUCACCAAGACUUACUACUACCAGGAUGCGGUCGGAUUCUCUGGCGACCUCGUCUACGACCAUGCCGAAGGCUGCAAGAUCGAGUGGAAGGAGGACAAGGACCUCACCCACAAGAUCGAGACCAAGAAGCAGCGCAACAAGAACACCAACCAGACACGCACCGUCAAGCGCUCCGUGCCCGUCGAGUCGUUCUUCAACUUUUUCAACCCACCUAAGCCGCCCAAGAACGGCGAGGUCGACGACGAAGAUGCCGACCUGGACGAGCUCGAUGAGCGUCUCGAGCUCGACUACCAGAUCGGUGAGGAUCUCAAGGACCGCAUCAUCCCUCAUGCCGUCGACUUCUUCACCGGAAAGGCUUUGCAGUACGAGGACAUUGACGAUCUCGACGAUGCCGACUUUGACGAUGAGGACGACGAGGAUGAGGACGAUGACGAGGACGAUGACCAGCCUCGUCGAUCGGCGCAGCUUGGCGCAUCUGCCGGAUCGCAGAUGGCCGGAUCGCAAGAUCCUCAGGAGUGCAAGCAGCAGUAA